AUGGGAGAAUCUUCACACCCCGUCUCAAAGGUAACAUCUGCGCCAAUCGCGCCACCACCACCACAGGAUUUUGGGAACCCAAUCCCCGCUUAUACUAGCGCGGCCGCAUAUAACCCCUUCGAGCCGACUUUUCCCCCAGGUUAUAACUAUACAGAGGAUCCCUACUGGGUAGCUGCGAACUACAACUCUCUCAAUCCGGAAGGUACUUUUGGAGGUCCCUGGGCUACGGGACAACCGACCUAUGGAUACCCAUCAUAUGGAUAUCAGCAGCCGCAGCCUCCUCAACCACCGCAAUAUCAGAUACCACCGCCGGCACCGAUGAUGUCGCCGCCACAAGUUCAAGAAAUCCUUCAAGGGAUAAAUGAUGUGUGA